GGGGGUGCGUGCUUAACGCAGCGGCCGUGGGUCUCCACCCGAGACUAUGGCGGCUGGCAUUGCACCGGAGAGGGGCGGAGAAACAUGAUUAAGAUGGUGUAACUAGGAAUAAAUAGUUAAAAUAUAUUUCUUUUUUACACCUGGGUUUGCUAAAAAAAACAACAAAAAAAACAUUUUUUUUUUAAACAGCAACUUAGUUUUUUGUGUGUCUAAACACGCGAGAAAAAAAAACACAUAUUUCCCUCCUCCAACCCUCCACAUUCCGGGUGGUGGCGUAGCCGUCAAGCGUGUGGCCUGCUCGGGGGCGAAAUUGCCACAAUGGAGCCCCGCGUCGGAGCACCGGGUCUUUGUGCGCCGCCGUAGCCGAGAGCGCGGCGAGCUCACACCGCGUCGUCGUCGUCAAAACAGGCGCCUUAAAAAACGGCCACGCGAAAUGGUGAACGGUCCACGGCUCGACUGAGUGACACGAUGCGUGAGUACAAAGUGGUGGUCCUGGGCAGCGGAGGGGUGGGCAAGUCCGCCCUCACGGUGCAGUUUGUCACCGGGACGUUCAUUGAGAAGUACGACCCCACCAUAGAGGACUUCUACCGCAAGGAGAUCGAGGUGGACUCCUCGCCGUCGGUGCUGGAGAUCCUCGACACCGCCGGUACCGAGCAGUUCGCCUCUAUGCGGGACCUCUACAUCAAGAACGGCCAAGGGUUCAUCCUGGUCUACAGCCUGGUCAACCAGCAGAGCUUCCAGGACAUAAAACCCAUGAGAGACCAGAUCAUAAGAGUAAAAAGGUACGAGAAGGUUCCCGUCAUCCUGGUGGGCAACAAGGUGGACCUGGAGAGCGAGAGGGAGGUGUCGUCCAGCGAGGGCCAGGCCCUGGCCGAGGAGUGGGGCUGCCCCUUCAUAGAGACCUCGGCCAAGAGCAAAACCAUGGUAGACGAACUGUUCGCCGAGAUCGUCCGGCAGAUGGACUACGCCGCCCAGCCCGACAAGGACGACCCCUGCUGCUCGUCUUGCAAUAUACAGUAGCCAACAAUGACGGCGAGGAGAGGUUUGCGGCAGAGAGAGGCACGCACUGAGCACGCUGACACACAUGCACAUGCCAACUUGAUGGUUGAACACCAUGGAGUUAUUGAAGCCUAAGUGACAUUCAUUAUGUGAGUAAUGGCGUCGAGAAACAAUGAACAAGUACAACAUACCCUCGCCUUAUGUUGCUCUCAUCAUGGGACUUUUUUUAUUUCUUUUUUUAAAGAUAACACUUCAUUCUGCUGUGAUUCUCUUUAGUUUCCUUGAUGCAUUUACUGUAACAAGCCAGCACACAACUACAACAACAGACAUAUUUCCUGCAAGUACCAAGAAAGGAUUGGAUUUGUGUACAUUUUGUGCAGUGUUUUUCUACUCAUCGCCGGCCUGAACCAAAGAGGUGACUUAUGCGCAUUUGAUUCUGUUUUUUUGUUAAACAAGGUAGUCUUCCACAUAUCAUGCUGUUUGUUUUUAAAAUGAUAUUUUCAGUCUGUUAGUAUUUGAGGAUAUUAUGAACAAUUGUAUGGAAUAUUGAUUAAUCCAAUCUAAAUCUUGUUGCAGUUGACUUCCAAUGGAGUGCAAUGCUUCGCUGCAACCAGCAGAGGUGCCGUUGUUUCUAUCUCGAGAUAAACCCAACAGAUAUUUCUAGGGAUGUUCCGAUCAGGGUUUAAUGCUGCCGAUUCCAAUACCAAUCACCCAUGUUUUAGAUCAGCCGAUACCGAUCACAUGCAUUAACUGUAAUUUGUUCUAUUCAUUUAUGGUGAGUGCUAUUGACCGUUUAACAACAUAAACACAAUAUUAAAACUA